UCAAUGUCCAGGGGACUUUUCCACCCAGCAGGGUAAUUUCUUAGUCAUCCUCAUUAGACUCCCUCCCCCUUCCCCCCAUGACAUUUCACCAUAGGCUAGGACUCAUCAAGUGGCUGAAUAAAGACAUCAGCAUCUCACCUCACAAGAGAGGAGGUGACAGGAAUCACCUCUCCUCUAAGCACCUGCUUGCCUGCUCCCUGGGAUCGGUGGGUAUCAGAGGACCUGUCUCCACUUGCCAAGAGCUCCCCAGAUGGCAGAGAACCCUACUGAUAGUGCCCCUGUGGGCCCCUGUCUCACUCCUGAUGAAAACGAAUUCCCCUUUGGAUACCCUACCAGUAUCUGCCAGAAGACCCCUGAGCCCAAAUACUUGUGCUGUGGUUGUCACAAUGUUCUGAAGAAGGCCCAGCAGACCCUAUGUGGCCACCGCUACUGUGCUGCCUGUCUCUCCUGGAUAGUGAGGAUCAGCAAAAGCCCUAUAUGUUCAAGAUGCAAGGAAGAGAAUCUGCAGGCUGUGGGAAAUGAAAGUUUCUUAUCGGAAGAGAAGGCUUUCAUUGACGCUGCCAUUAAUAAGGAGAUCUCUGAGCUGAGCGUGCAUUGCGUGAUUUCUGGGUGCGGCUGGACUGGCCUCAUGAAGAAUUUUGAGACACAUGUAUGUGGAGGAAUCUUCUUGAAGGAACACAAGCAGACCAUGACCGAGAUCAGUACAGAAGAGAAGGAUGAUUUGGUGCCAACUGAGGUCCAGGGUAGGUGCUCCUUUGCAGACAUUGGCUGUUCGUUCAAGCAGGGUAGCCAGGAAACGGUGAAGGAGCAUGAGGCUUCCUCACUGAGGGACCAUCUAAGGCUGCUGUUACAGCUUGUGAGCCAAGUGAAGGCCCAGUCAGAUCCCAACAGAGAGAAAAGGAUAUCAGGCCUCAGUUGCACCAAGCCAAGUAUGAAUCCCCUGGAGGGGAACCUGUCUGACCUACAAUUACAAGGAGCUGUGGAGGUCAAUGGCGACUUGGAGGCUGACUGCUUCCAUGCUGCGUCCUCUGACUCUGAGGAGGAGCUGGCCCUUCAGAGGUUCAUGAAGGAGAAGCUGCUUGCUGAGCUGGAAGAGAAGCUGCAUGUGUUUGAGAAUAUUGUGACUGUCCUGAACAAGGAGGUGGAGGCCUCCCACCUGGCCAUUGCUGCCUCUGUACACCAGAGUGGACUGACCCAGGACCUCAUCCUGGGCUUAGAGCAGAGGGUCAUGGAUUUGCAACAGACCUUGGCCCAGAAAGACCUUGCCCUGACCAAGUUGGAGCAGAGCCUCCAUCUCCUGGAGGAGGCUUCCUAUGAUGGUGUCUACCUAUGGAAAAUCACCAACUUCACCAGGAGAUGUCAUGAGUCUGCAUGUGGAAGGAUGGUCAGUCUGUUCUCACCAGGUAACUGCUUCACUAUUUUUAGUAUGAAGCACAGACAUAAGCAUCUAUCUAUUACUGCUUGUAAAAGAAUAAGGGCUCACAUUCCCACAGUGCUUUAGAGUUUACAAAGUGCUUUCCCCACAACAGCCCUAUGAAGUAUGUGAUACAAAUAUUAUUAUACAGAUGAGAAGACUGAGGCCCAGAGGUAAUAAAUGAUUUACUCAAAAGUGAUGGAACUUCAACCCAAGCCUAAGUCUUCUGAUUCCAAGACACCACAUUGCUUUACCAAUAAUAAU